AUGCCUCGCGACUACGACGAUGACCGCUCAAACAAGCGGAGAAGACUCGACUUCAACCCGCUGCGCUCCGACGACCGAUUCGGCGACCUCCCAUCGCGCGGAUCCAACCGCGGCGGCAAUAACCAUGGCACCUUCCAAUCUCGAUCGUCCACUCCACGAGCCGGCUCACGGCUAGCUGGGGCCGCCACGCCCCGCCAGCGCGAGUUUGACGGGCCGGAACCGGGGUCCAACGACGACGCGACGAACGCGCUCGACCGCGACUGGUACGGCGGCGAUGACGAUCUGGGCGGACACACCUUCGGCGACGACACGCACAACCCCUUUGGGGAUGAGAGCGGGUGGGCGGCACAGGAACGCGAGGCGGCCAUGGUAGAGAAGAAGGUUGGGCAGUUUGCGUCUACGGGGCCCAUGAAUGCGCGGCAGAUGCAGAAACAAAAGGAUGUCGACGCGUGGGAGACAAAUCGGAUGUUGACGUCGGGCGUAGCGCAGCGGCGGGAUAUGGGCGGGGAUUUUGAAGAUGACCAGGAGGCGACGCGGGUGCAUUUGCUGGUGCAUGACCUGCGGCCGCCGUUUUUGGAUGGCCGGACGGUGUUUACCAAGCAGUUGGACCCCGUGCCGGCUGUGAGGGAUGCGCAGAGUGAUAUGGCGGUGUUUAGUAGGAAAGGGAGUAAAGUUGUGCGGGAUAGGCGGCAGCAGCGGGAGCGGGCGAAGCAGGCGCAGCAGGCGACUAAUGUGGCCGGGACAGCGCUGGGGAAUUUGAUGGGGGUCAAGGAUGAGGAUACGGAUAGCGCGUUACCGAUUGCGGCGGAGGAGAAGGGGGAGAAGAACGGAGAAGCUUCCACGCAGGGCCAGACACCGAGCAACAGCAACAAGUUCAGUGAGCAUCUGAAAAAGGCCGAGGGCGCGAGUAAUUUCAGCCAGAGCAAGACGCUGCGGGAACAGCGCGAGUUUCUGCCGGCGUUUGCGGUGCGGGAGGAGCUGCUACGGGUGAUCCGUGACAAUCAGGUGAUCAUUGUGGUGGGCGAGACGGGGUCCGGCAAGACGACGCAGCUGACACAAUUUUUGUUCGAGGACGGCUACGGCGAGACGGGCAUGAUCGGGUGUACGCAGCCCCGUCGCGUGGCGGCCAUGAGCGUGGCUAAGCGUGUGGCCGAGGAGAUGGAAGUCAAGCUGGGGAGUGCGGUGGGCUAUGCGAUCCGGUUCGAGGACUGCACGAGUAAGGAGACGGUUAUCAAGUACAUGACGGACGGUGUUCUGCUGCGGGAGUCACUGAACGAGCCGGAUCUGGACCGGUACUCGUGCAUCAUCAUGGACGAGGCGCACGAGCGCGCGCUGAACACGGAUGUGUUGAUGGGGCUGUUUAAAAAGAUUUUGCAGAGACGGCGGGAUCUCAAGCUCAUCGUCACGUCGGCCACGAUGAACUCGAAGCGGUUCUCUGACUUUUACGGCGGCGCGCCUGAGUUUACGAUUCCCGGCCGGACGUUCCCCGUGGACGUCAUGUUCCACCGCUCACCGGUCGAGGACUACGUCGACCAGGCGGUGCAGCAGGUCCUGGCCAUCCACGUGGGCAAGCCGGCCGGUGAUAUUUUAGUGUUUAUGACGGGCCAGGAGGACAUCGAGGUGACGUGCGAGCUGGUGCGCGAGCGGCUGGACGCCCUUAACGACCCCCCACAGCUCAGCAUCCUCCCCAUCUACAGCCAAAUGCCCGCGGACUUGCAGGCCAAGAUCUUUGACCGGGCGGCCCCGGGGGUCCGGAAGUGCAUUGUGGCGACCAACAUCGCCGAGACGAGUCUGACAGUCGACGGGAUCAUGUACGUGGUGGACGCUGGGUUUUCAAAGCUGAAGGUGUACAACCCGCGGAUGGGCAUGGACACGCUCCAGAUCACGCCCAUCUCGCAGGCCAACGCGUCGCAGCGAUCGGGUCGGGCUGGACGCACAGGACCGGGCCAAGCGUACCGACUGUUCACAGAAAAGGCGUUUCGCGAUGAGAUGUACAUCCAGACGAUUCCCGAGAUCCAGCGGACCAACCUGAGCAACACGGUGCUACUGCUCAAGUCGCUCGGCGUAAAGGACCUGCUCGACUUUGACUUCAUGGAUCCCCCCCCACAGGAUACGAUCACGACGUCACUGUUCGACCUGUGGGCGCUGGGGGCGUUGGACAACCUGGGCGAGCUGACAGAGUUGGGGCGCAAGAUGAACGCGUUCCCGAUGGACCCGUCGCUUGCGAAGCUGCUGAUCAUGUCGGAGGCGUACGGGUGCAGCGAGGAGAUGGUGACGAUCGUCUCGAUGCUGUCGGUCCCCAACGUGUUCUACCGGCCCAAGGAGCGGCAGGAAGAGUCGGAUGCGGCGCGCGAGAAGUUCUUCGUACCCGAGUCGGACCACCUGACGUACCUACACGUGUACACGCAGUGGCGGGCCAACGGGUACCACGACGGCUGGUGCAUCCGGCACUUCUUGCACUCCAAGUCGCUGCGGCGCGCCAAGGAGGUGCGCGACCAGCUGCUGGACAUCAUGAAGAUGCAGAACAUGGACAUGGUUAGCUGCGGCACCGACUGGGACGUCAUCCGCAAAUGUAUCUGCUCGGGCUACUACCACCAGGCCGCCAAGGUCAAAGGCAUCGGCGAGUACGUCAACCUGCGCACCAGCGUGACCGUCCAGCUGCACCCGACCAGCGCGCUGUACGGGCUGGGUUUCUUGCCGGACUAUGUCGUCUACCAUGAGCUGAUCUUGACGUCCAAGGAGUACAUGUCGACCGUCACGUCGGUCGACCCGCACUGGCUGGCCGACCUGGGCGGGGUGUUCUACUCGGUCAAGGAAAAGGGGUACUCGGCGCGCGAGAAGCGGAUUACCGAGACCGAGUUCAACCGCAAGAUGGAGAUUGAGGCGCAGAUGGCUGUGGAUAAGAAGCGGCACGAGGACGAAUUUGCCGCGGAGGAGGAGCUGGCGCAAAUCAGGAAGGCUAGGCCGAAGCUGGGGAAGGAUAAGAAGACUGUUACGUCUGGGGCGGUUGUCAAGCCGGUGCGGAAGAGGGCGGGGAGGGGAUUUUAA